CGUGCCUCGGUUGACAUUGUUGUUGUUGUGGGAGUGAGAGUGUAGUUUAGCACGACAGAGUAACUGGAUUAACUCACAGCGGAGGGAAUUUUCCGGCGCACGCUUGUGAAUUUUGUGGGCAUAUAAGCUGGAAUGGACCGCUGAAGGACAUUUCUUCGAAGCCGCUAAAGGUUUGUCAGCACCAGUAUUUACUGUAAGGUGUAGGAGAGUUCCUCUCCAGUCGUUUCCCGCUGCCUCAAUGCUCCCCUGCAGCGUUGUACCUUCAUGAUCACAUGACCCUGGAUAUGGACGCAGUCCUGUCCGACUUUGUCCGCUCUACAGGAGCCGAACCUGGACUGGCCAGAGACCUGCUGGAGGGUAAAAAUUGGGAUCUGACUGCUGCGCUGAGUGAUUUUGAACAACUGAGACAGGUGCAUGCUGGGAGUUUGUCCUACUCAUUUCAAGAAGAAAGUGAUCAGGUUAUUUCAGAGCAGAGGGACAUGACAAGAGUGGGGCGGCCUAUCCUGCACCGGCAGGACGAUGUGGUGCAAGAGAAGAGGUUGUCUAGGGGAAUCUCUCAUGCCAGCUCCACUAUUGUAUCGCUGGCACGCUCUCAUGUAUCCAUUGUUGGUGGGGGCUGUGGCCCCGAGCCUCUUUUGGAGACUCCUGUCUGCACCUUCCAGCUGCCCGACCUCACCGUGUAUCGUGAUGACUUCCGCUGCUUUAUCGAGCGCGACCUCAUUGAGCAGUCUAUGUUGGUGGCUCUUGAACAUGCUGGGCGGCUAAACUGGUGGACGAAGUUGGGGCCAGGAUGUCAGAGCCUUUUACCUCUGGCUACGAGUGGAGAUGGAAACUGCCUCCUUCAUGCAGCCUCUUUAGGCAUGUGGGGCUUUCACGAUCGCGACCUGAUGCUACGUAAGUCUCUAUACGCUCUGAUGGACCAUGGACAGGAGAGAGAGGCACUGAAGCGCAGGUGGAGGUGGCAACAGACCAUGCAGAACAAAGAGUCGGGACUGAUGUACACUGAGGAGGAAUGGCAGAAAGAAUGGAAUGAGCUUUUGAAGCUGGCCUCCAGUGAACCCAGGAUACACUACAGUACCAACAGCACCAAUGGGGCGGAGUCACAAGAAGAGCCGGUGUAUGAGAGUUUGGAGGAGUUUCACGUAUUCGUGCUGGCUCAUGUGCUCCGCAGGCCUAUAGUGGUGGUGGCUGAUACAAUGCUGAGAGACUCUGGAGGAGAGGCAUUUGCCCCGAUCCCAUUUGGUGGUAUAUAUCUACCCCUCGAGGUCCCAGCUAACAAGUGUCACCGCUCACCACUGGUUCUGGCCUAUGACCAGGCACACUUCUCCGCCCUGGUUUCCAUGGAACAGAAGGAUGGCUCUAAAGAGCAAGUGGUGAUUCCUCUUACCGACUCGGAUUAUAAAAUGCUGCCACUACACUUUGCUGUGGACCCAGGCAAGGACUGGGAGUGGGGCAAAGAUGAUGUGGACAAUGUGAUGCUAGCCAGUGUUACUUUAUCUCUGGAGGCAAAGCUCCAUCUGCUGCACACCUACAUGACUGUGACGUGGCUUCCUCUGCCUUGUGAGGUACAGCAGGCCCCCUUGGCCCAGCCUGAAUCACCAACUGCUUCAGCUGGCGAGGACGCUCGUACACCUCCUGACUCUGGUGAGUCAGAUAAGGAGUCAGUAAGCAGCAGCUCCAAUGGAAACGGAGACAGCAGCGCCGCAGGUAGCAGCAGCACAGCGGGCAAAUCCUCCAGUUCCUCAAGUUCUUCCAGCAGUGGGUCAACAGGAACAAUGGGUAAGGAAAACAAAAAGAAGGACAAAGACAAGGACAAAGAUAAGAAGCGAGCUGAUUCAGUGGCCAACAAGCUGGGCAGCUUUGGCAAGAGUUUGGGCAGCAAGCUAAAAAAGAAUGUAGGCGGUUUAAUGACGAGCAAAACUGCAACAGGAACAGGUAAGCUUGAAGGUUCUGAGAAGAAAAAGGGCUCCCUUCGUGGCCGCAAGAACAGCAAGGAUGGCAAAGACUGCUCGCCUUCAGGCCAUCCCGGCUCAGAGGAUUGUGGGAAAGGUUCUCCAUCCUCCCAGAAUGGGAACAGCUCAUCCGAAGGCGACUCGUAUAAGUACAGUGCUGACGUAAAAGCCAGCCUUAGCAUCCUGCGUGCGGCCAUGCAGGGUGAGAGAAAGUACAUCUUCGCUGGUCUUCUGACCACCAGCAACCGGCAGCCGUAUCAGGAGGAAAUGAUCCAGCGCUACCUGGCAGAUGCUGAGGAGCGUUUUAGAGCGGAACAGGAGCAGAAAAGAGAGGCAGAGCGCAAGGGAGUGAUCAAUGGUGUCCAGCCCAAAAAAGAGGGCCCUGAAACUGGGUUUCGCUGCUUCGAGAGCAAGGAUGAAGUACCAGAGGCCUCUCCUCAUCAUUUAAAUGCUCUUAAGUCACCUUGUUUCAACCCCUCGCUGUGUUCAGGUGUCGUACCCAUUCCUAGAUGCACCUUCCUUGAUCACACGCAUACCCCUCUCCCUCAACACCUUCAUAUUCAUGGCUAUAUGGACACCCGGCGCCAGUUGGCAGGCGGCUCACCGUCGACCUAUCCAGGCCUCCCAUCCUACGCCACCCUGCCUCGCCACUGCCCCAUAAACCAAGGCCCUGGCCACGCUCAGUGCCACCACCCACCUCCCUCCCCCUGCACAGCACCUUGCUUCUCCCCUUGUUACCCACAAGCACAAGAUAUUCCUGAAUUUCACUGCGAUUCGAUGUGCACAACAUACAGCAACAACUUACUUGCAGGACUAGACACUCGAGGUGGACCACCGCCAGUAAGGCAUUAUUCGCUGGGUAGCGCCGGUGGUUUGGCCAAUCUGCAGUCUAGGUGCCGAACACCCAGCUGCAACUAUUAUGGACACCCAGAAACUUUUAACUACUGCUCGUACUGCUACAGAGAGGAGCUGAAGAGGAGGGAAACCGAUCCACCGAUGCACAGGUUCUGAGCAGAUAACUUAAAUAGUGGCGUCUUUCUUACGUGAGAAUCGGUACAUCCCGUCCAUGGAGGAUUGCUUCUGAUUGAGACGGGCCUCGCUUCAUCAGCAUGGACAGACAGCGAUAGUGCGGAUGGCUGCUGAUGGAUUCCUGUUACCUUUGCAGUGGAUUUUAGGUGGUAGAUGUUUUAGGCGCUGUCAUGCUUUCAUGCAAUGUUGCCGCUGCAGAAGCUCACUGCUUAUGACGAAGGUGUGAGCGACUCCACAGUCUUUUUGGAGGCACAGAUAUGUUCAAUAGAAAAAGACAUCACAUGCAAACAAAUAACCCUGUAUUAACAUCAAGCACAACAAGAAGAUGCACAUUUGUACAGCUGCAUAUUUACAGACUGUCAUGCUGCAGAGGUAUGAAUAAGGUUGUCAUUUAAUGAGAAGUUAACUAAUUUCUUGCCAUAUAAUGUUACAGAAAUGUAAAACAUCAGCACAGAUACAUUUAGUGUUUGGUUGACUUCUUCUCCCAAAUUACCCAACGUUCUAGCCCUGUUCCAAAAGUCACGUCUUGACUGGCUUAAAUCAGCUUGACAUGAUUCUUCUGACCCCUUUGCCUUUGUGGUAUCUAUGAAUGAAGUUCUGGGUCCACUGAGUUAGGCAAAUUCUUGGCAGCCAAAGAUUUUACUGUACAGUAGGAGUCACUCUAACUUACAGGUGCAGAUGUUUAUGGGUUCGUAGUUAUGCAGACGUGAGGUAGGAUGAGUUACAGAGCUACUGGGUACUGAUUUAGUGGGUUGUUGUAAAUUGAAGAACUUAAGGCCGGAUUUACACAUACUACUUAACUUUGUUAAAGUAAAAAAUGAAAAAUUCUAAAAAUAAACUGGCCAAACUGUUAACUUCUUUUGAUUGAGAGAAUAUGGUAUUCUAAUCUUCUCAUUAAGAAAAAAAAGAAUAUUAAUACUGAGAGUUGUUGCCUCAGCCUACACUAAACUGUAAGGCAUAUUUAGCUGUAUUUAGGGAACAGCAUGCUAAAUCUGUGACAAAUUUUUCACUACUCUCGGGUUAUUAUACUGGGUUAAAAGCAUUAGUUUCAUUAGAAUAUACUAUUACUGUAUAGUCUGUUAGCCCUUUUAUUGGGUCCUGGCCAACACAUGCAGUGGUAAUGAAUAUCAUUUGGAUUUUUUAAUGGAACCAGAACUUGCUUCUGUGAUUCUGUGAACAGCUCCUACAAGGCUGCUUUUAUAACCCUAGUAAGCAGCGACCCUCUGUGGCCUCAAAUAUAGAGCAAAUGCCAAAACAACAAUUAUUUAAAUGUGCAUAUACUGUAUUUAUGCAACACAGGAAUGUGAUUCCCUGAGCAAAAAAUGGGCAAAACGUUUAUUGUUCAGGUGAAAAAAUAAGUUGUUAUACAACCUUCAAAUCCUUAUAUGACUAUAUGACUUCAAUAUAAAAAAUACGGAAUGCAGUCACCACAGUUCCUGGUAACAAUAAUAGGACAAACAUUUACCAUAUUAUACCCAAUGUACCAUUUUGAAGCACAAACUCUGUGUGUAUAUGGUUAAACUCCCACAAACCGUUUCAGUUACAGUAAUAUGGCCAUAAUUUUAACAUUUAAAGGUAGUAUGUGUGAAUUCGGCAAGUCGGCAAAAUUGCUUUCAGUUGACGUGUUAAUUAAUUUAUUUAUAUUAAAUGAAGAUACCAGUUUAGAUGCUCCUCUUGCUGUAUUUAUUUGAAGUUCUCACAUACUGUAACCCUUGUGACCUACUCAAGGGUUGAAAUGAUAUCAUACUCAAUUUUCAAUGUUCCAAAACCAACAUGGCUUGUAAAGCAAUGAAAGAAACCCCAGAACGUGAUGUUUCCUACAAAUAAUAAAAUAGGUCAGCAGACCUUUCUUUGCACAAAGUCAAGCACUUUUCUAAAAAGACAUUGUGUGUAUGUGUGUGUGUGUGUUUGGGGGAGGGGGGGGGGGGGUUCCCUGAGUGAGUGCUUUUUGUGUUUUGUUUUGGUGUGAAAAUGAGAAUGAAGACAAUACAAGACUGUUGUUCACUGUCACCAGAUGGUGGUUUGCUGACCCUGCUGUUUCCUAGUUGCCUUUUAAAUGUCUAUUUCUUGAGAUAUUUAUAAUGAAAUAUUAUUAAUAUACGCAUCUAUAAUUACUGAUUUACUUCAUCCAAAACAGGCAUGUGCCAGUGUCCCACUGUACAGUGUAGUGAAGUAAUCAACGAACAGUAAUUAGAAAUUGUACCGCUGCACCGCCCGAGUGCCCAAUUUCACAAAAAGCUUUAGUAUUGUGCCUAGCUAGAACUAUUAAUAAUAUUGAUUAUUAUUUUAUUAAUAUGCCACCUUUCCAACUAGUCAGUUUAGCACAUUUCUCUGCCACAUGCUCAAAAUAAGGUCCAGAAAAGUAGAUGAUGUUUAAAAUCAUAACUUAACUGACAUGCGUAAAGCCCAGACCUCAGUCCUAUCUUACAUUUAGAAUGAAUUGAAAUGCUGAAUGAAAGGUUAAUCUUGGGCAGAUUAAAUGUCUUGAUUUUGUCAUAUAUACAUAUACACGUGUACAAUGCAAUGAAAUGCUUUUUCCAAAUGCAGGGGCAGCCAUUGUACGGGAAAGAGGGUUAGGGGUCUUGCUCAAGGGCUUAACAGUGGCUGCACACAACCUUCCAGUUGGUAACACACGGCUCUACCCACUAGGAUACUGCUGUAUUCCCACCAGUCAACAGUCUUAACAGAAGAGUGGUCUUAUAGUAGCAAAGGUUUAUUUUAAAGCCGAUGCUUUUGGAAUAAGAUUUUUCAGUGUCUGGGGCACACAAGUUUUUGGUCAUGUAAAAUUUAUCUUAAUAAUAUAUUUAUAAUAUAAUAAUCUACUCGGAAAGUACAGUUCCCUGAUAACGUAGCAGUUAGCUAGAACGUUUAGCUAACAUUCCUGACAUUUUUUUCCCUUCAGUUUUGCACUGAAACUAUUUAGCUAACAGAGCUAACCCAAUCUUGUUAAAUACAUCCAAGUAAUGUUAUAGAUUUGUUGCAGCCUCCUUAAAAGUCUGGACGGUAAUAUAAUUUAAUUUUAACAGCACAGUGGUGCAGCUCCUAGUUUAAACCUCGACCACAGUCAGAAGUGUUGGAUGUUCUUUAUGGUACAGAUUUUCUUCCACCGCUUAAAAAUUUGCAAGAAGUUGACCGUCUACUCUCAUUUACUGCUGGGUGUGAAUGAGGAUGUGUGUGUUGUGUCCUUCAGGACAUACACGUUGUGCUGAGAUGAAUGUAGUAAAUAAAACUACACUACACUUAUACAUGAGUGCGCAGGUGUUUCUAAUGAAGUGACCUGUGUUUUACACCAUGUUAUGAAUAUUCCAACAUGAUGCAACAGAUGCUGUUAAAAGCUGCUUCUGGUCAUUUUCUGAUUUGUCCAAUAGGUGGCGCACUUGUAUAGUUUGUAAUUGACUCAUUGAAAUCCCAUCGUAUCAUGUUGAUUCUCAGUACCAAGAGACUGGAUUUGUGCUUCACAGUUCAACACUUGUUUGUCUUGUACGUGUUUUUCUUUUCUGCUCAGGUACAUAAAUGCAUAAAAACUCCAUUAUACAUGUAGUGAUGCAGAAUCUGGUUCUGCCCAGACUACUUAUUACCUUGCUAACUAUAAGUUCAUUCUUUCUAUUUUUUUUAUAUUAGUUAUUGGAUUAGUGAAUAUUCUGCAGGUAAAAAAAUACAGUUUAUUUUCAAAUUUUGGUCUUUAGUAAUAAUGCGAAUAUCCAACAUAUCCAGCUCAUUGUGAGCUUGCAGCUUCCGAGACCCUAAGUUUUUGUGUAGGACUCCUCUGUGUUGUCCCUAAACUACAUAAUGUAAAUUAGACACAUCAUUGGAACAAUAUAGUAAAACAGCUCUAUAACAAACCCAUUAGCCUAGAUGUAUACAGAAGGGGAUUUAGUGACACAAUUUGCAAUGUAUAACGAGAAUAGUAGGAAUAAAGUUUGGUCUCAUUCUAUUUUUUCUGAAUUCAAGGUCAUUAUCAAAGUGGGCACCUCACCAUGACUUCUUAUGUAUUUAAAUGGUCCUUGGCUGAGAUUGACACUACAGACUUUAUUAUUGAAUAGGCAAUUGUAAAACUUAAGGGCUUAACUUCAAUUCUUAACUGGUGUCAGUUUUUAUUGUUCAGUUAUAUUAGAUUGAUAGUUGAUGAGAAAAUUGUUGAAUAUUUGAAUAAAAUAUUGGAAACCAAACAUUUAACUCUUGUGGCCUGUAGUGUCCUGCAGUAGGUUUCGUUAUUGCACAUGCAGGAGCAAAUCAAGUUGUUUCUGAUGUUAAUUUAAGCAAAAUGUGUAUUGCCUGUUACUAUGAGAUAAUUUAUGUGGUCUCAGUCAACACCGCAUGGAUUUAUAGUAUUCAUUAAAAAAUAAAUGGUCAAAUCCGAUCCAGUGUUUUAGGCCAGUAUCCGUCUACUGUACCGAUAUUCCGCAUCAGCGUUUGUCAUUUACGCAUCUCCCUAAAGUUAACUCUAAAACAGAAAACUGACAAACAAAUGUGUGAGAGUUUGUAUGUUGAUAAAUAAAUGUGUAUUUUCCUCUAUGACAAGUGUUACUGCUUGAAUAUACAAAUGUAAAUUGUCAAAAAUACUGACUGGCAUUUGAAGCUCUCUCAAUAAACAACUGACAGUUCCUAACAAUGAGUGUUGCACUUCAGCAAAGCCUGAAAAGAUUUUGUAUUAAAAAUGACAGCAGUUGUAAAAUAAGUUUGAGUUAUUUUUGUAAACUGAAGCAGUUUUUCCAGUGUUUUUAAAGAUGAGAAUGUAUAUUGUUUGCAGGUCACUAAGGGAAGCAAUGGAAAGUAAGGUCGCCUGGAUUUGAAGUAGUCAGUAUUUAUGGGGUGCACGAUAGAGCUGACGUGAUUCAGCCUGUUUAACUUACUGGUUACUUGUCUAAACACUAAUUUCUUCUUCAGAAACCUGACAUGCUAUGGUUUAAAAAUCUCUAUAUAUUUUUAAUAAAUUUUUUUUUUAGUUUUGUUGUAAAACGAGAUGUUUUUUCUAUUGUGGCUUGGCGUCGAUCAGACGGGGCUCCUGAAUUUCCGUUCACUCUGACUAAGCAUUUUGGUGGUGAUUCACCCCAGGACACGAUGCUCUUCUUUUUGUGGAUAUGUAAUAAACUUGACUAUUUUUAUAUUGUAUAUUUUCUUGAGCGGGACAGAACGGCAGUCAUCAGCAUUGACGGUUUGCAUGAGACUGAAACUGUUGCAUGUACAGAUGCAAAUCAUUCAACCAAAUUUGUGUGAUGUUUCUGUUUUAUUUGGCAAUUUGUGUUUGUUUGUUUGUACUUUUUUGAGAGGUAAGCCCAGGCUGUGUGACAGUGCAAUCUAGAUGGAAAGAACAUCUGGUUUUUAUGUUUGUUUUCUUUUUGCACCGUUUGAAUAAAAUUCUCAUUGUAUUUAAACACAA